GGGCUCGUGUCCCUCAUGGGCUCCCUGUGCUAUGCCGAGCUGGGCACCGCGCUGCCCCUCUCCGGAGGCGAAUACAGUCACAUCAAGAGAGGCCUUGGCGCCCUGCCYGCCUUCCUGUUCAUCUGGACGUCGAUGCUCACGAAGCCGGUGUCGAACGCCGCUCGAGCCUUGCUCUUCGCCGAAUACGCCACGCAGCCCUUCUAUGGCAGGUGCCCGGCACCUGAAGUGCUCAAGAAAUGCCUGGCCCUGGCGGCUCUCUGGACCCUGGGCAUCCUGAACGGGCGCAGCGUCAAGAUGGCGGCAUGGGCGCAGAGCGUCUUCACGGUGCUGAAGAUGGUGGCGCUGUCGGUCAUCGCCGUGGGCGGCCUCGUCCUGCUCCUGGGGGGCCGUCGGGAGCACCUGGCGAGAUUCGAGGAUGCCUUUGGCUCGGAGGUCCCCGACGCGUCGCAGGUCGCUGAAGCCUUCUUCCAGGGGCUCUACGCCUAUGGCGGCUGGUGGUCCCUCAAUUACAUGGCAGAAGAGAUGAAAAAUCCUAGCAGAAAUAUCCCAUUAACUGUGAUGACUGCUGUUCCUGCAGUAAUUGUGUUUUAUUUACUGGUAAAUGUCUCAUAUCUGACUGUCCUGACUCCUAAGGAAAUUGUCUCCUCAGUGGCUGUGGCAGUCACCUGGGCUGAUCGGGUGAUCCCCUCUGCUGCCUGGAUCAUUCCUCUGUUUGUUGCUGUCUCAAUAUUUGGUGCCCUCAACAGCAGCAUGUUCACAUUAGGUCGGCUAAGCUACGCUGGCAGCCAGUCAGGACAUUUACCUAUUUUGAUAUCCAUGCUCAAUGUCCACUCCUAUACUCCAGCACCAGCCAUGAUUUUUUCAACUAUCAUCGCAUCCAUUUUUGUUAUCCCUUCUGACCUUAUUAUGUUAACAAAUUACUUUGGAUUUUCAACCUGGCUCAUGAUUGGAUUGACUUGUGCAAGCCUGAUUGUGCUUCGGUAUCGGGAACCCAACCUACAUCGGCCAUACAAGGUGUUUCUACCAGUUCCAUUUGUCAUGGUGGCRAUGUCUUUCUUCUUAGUUUUGGCUCCUAUCAUCUGGGCUCCAAAGUUGCAAUAUGUUUAUGCUUUCCUGUUUAUGCUGGGAAGCAUCAUUGUUUAUUUGCCUUUUAUACAUUUUAAAUUGCAUUUUGCAUUUGUUGAUAAAAUUACUUGCUACUUACAGCUACUGUUGGAAGUGUCUCCUGCUAAUGCACCUGAUGACAGCAAAUAUGAGUAA